GCCCCGCCGCUGCCGGUGCCCCAUGGACCCCCCUCCGACUCCCGUAAGCGGGACCCCCCCGGAGACCUCCAGCACCAAGGGCUCCCACACCGGCGCAUGGCGAGGCUCAUCAUUGGCAAAGGGGGGGCGAUGGCGAAGGCCGUCAUGGAGAAGCCGGGGGCUUGGGUGCAGCUCAGCCAGAAGCCGGAGGGUCUCAACCUCCAGGAGCGGGUGGUGACAGUCAAUGGCGAAGCCACCCAGCUCCACACCACUGUCCACAUCAUCGUCCGCAAGAUCCAGGAGGAUCCGCAGAACAACGGUUGCCUCAACAUCAGCUACACCAACGUCACUGGGCUGGUGGCCAACUCCAAUCCCACCGGUUCGCCCUACGCCAGCUCCACGGACACCUUGCACCCAAGUGCCACCGUCUUGGGUGCUCCUGGCACUUUGGGUGCCUUCACCGCCGCUCCCGGUUUUACAAGCAGUGACCUGUUGGCUAUCGGCACCGCCUUGAACACCUUGGCCAGUUACGGUUACAACCCGGUGGUGGGGCUGGGCUUGGGUUCAGCGGCGGUGGCGGCCAGUGUGAACCCAGUGGCAGCCGCCAACCUCUUGGCUUCCUACGUGAAUGAUGCGGUUGCUGGCCUGGUGGUAACCACCUUUGCCUUGGGUUCGUUGCCCUCCACCAACGGUUACUUGGCCCCAGCGGCCACUGCCACUGGCUCGUUUUUGGCACCUGAGAAGCUGAUUGAGGGCACCAAGAAGCUGGUGGAGCUUGCGGUGCCGGAGAACUUGGUGGGCGCCAUCCUGGGCAAGGGGGGGAAGACCUUGGUGGAGUACCAGGAACUGAUGGGUGCCUGGAUCCAGAUCUCCAAGAAGGGUGACUCCAUCCCCGGCACCCGCAACCACAGUGUCACAAUCAUGGGUCCCCCGGCUGCCACCCAAGCCGCCCAGUAUCUCAUCAGCCAAUGCGUCACCUACGAGCAGGGCAUGAGGACCACCAACAUGCCCAAAGUGGGCUAGGGCUGGUCACCCAGUGGCUGGGGUGGCCCAUGACCAUGGUGGCAUCUCCAAAGGUCCCUUGGGUGGCCAACAGCCAUGACUUUGGCACCAAGUGUGACUGAUGGGCCCCAGGGUGGCAUUGAGGUGUCACCUGGCAUGUCCUAUGGGCAUGGUGGCAUCUCCAAAGGUCCUUUGGGUGGCCAACAGCCAUGGCUUUGGCACCCAGGGUGUCUCACAGGCGUGGUGGCAUCUCCUGGGGGUGUCUU